AUUUAGUAGGCAAAAAGUCAUACCAAAAAUUUUGCAUAAAUAUUUCAUCAAUAUCUCGGAUCGACUUAAGCACUUUUGUGAUCGAUAAAAAAAUAUUAUAAGAUGGUUUCCAUUUUGGAAGCAUCUACAUUAGACAAUAAGUUGAAUAUUAUUAACCAUAGCUCUGAUGGAUGAUAGAAUACUUGUUUCAGACGAAAAUAUGCAACUGUCAUCCUCUCCAAAAUAAGACAAGAUGCCUCAAUCUGCGCUUACAUUCACUAUGUGAUUCACCAGCAUUUUAUCCAGAAGAUCGCAUUCGCAAGUUGUUGGAGAGGAAAAAGAAACGGUUUCAGAUCCUGUCUGGAACAGUGAUAACACCCACGAGCGACCCCAAAGGCUUGGUUCCUCAAGUAAGAUUCGAUGACUCACGAGACUUCAAGAAUUUAUGCGACACUAAGUUGGAGACAAUUCUGCCCAAAUCUGGAAUUGAUGAAAAAGGAGUGCAGAGAUACAUUAUCAACCAACCCGAUUUCAAACAAGCCAUUAUCUUUGAGACAUGCAAGAAUGAAUCACCCUGUGUACAAGAAAUGAUGCCGAUGGGUUAUCAAACGUUAUGUCAACAAAAAUACUCAAAAAUUCGCCUGCUUACCUUCACUGAGAACGAGGCGGAAAAGUGUAAGGGGAAGAGGUCUACCAUGGAAUAUAUCACAUUCCGAGUGCCAAGCACUUGCGUCUGUACGAUAACUAGGGUCAGUACCUUAAAACAUCCUUAAGGCUAUUGGUGAAUAAAUCCUAAUAUCCUGUCACUUGCUCAAGACAGUAAAACGUAAGACUUUUAUUUUGUAUCCUUUGUAUUUUUACAUAAAUAUCAAGUGAGAACUAUUUGAAGCAUGUAGCUAAUUUUACGAAACUUAUCCUCUGUUUUUCAUGUUCAUAGAACUCCAAUGUGUGGUCGAAUCAAACCACAUAUAUGUUUUAAUUUCUCUUUACUGUACGACGUUUCGCCAUCACGGUGACCUUAUUCAAGUCCAAUGACAAUUAGUUGUCAUUGUAAUUUGUCAUUGCACAUUAAAAACGCAGGUGUGGGGUCGAAACAUUGAUUCAGCCAGGCAAUAGAGCUCUAUUUACAAAACGUUUACAAAUCUCAAUUCGUCUUUUGAUUUUAAAAAUUUGAACGUGUACCCUUAUUUGCAUAGCUCAGUUGUGUUUUUGGUGAAUCUUUAGGAAGGAAUAGUAAAUAAACGUGAUUUUUUUCACCAGCCUUUAUUUCUAGAGACAGAAUGGUGAAUGUACGAUAUCGAGUAGUCUGUAGUAAGC